UGUGCCCUCCAUUAGGCAGUCUACCUCCUCAGAGCCUCCUGUGCCCCAAAAAAGCACCAUGACUUGUGGAUCUUAUUCUGCUGGCCGAGCCUUCAGCUGCAUCUCUGCCUGCAGGCCCCUGCCUGGCCGCUGCUGCAUCACGGCCGCCCCCUACCGCGGCAUCUCCUGCUACCGCGGCCUCAACGGGGGCUUCGGCAGCCGCAGCUUCUGUGGAGGCUUCGGCGCCGGCUCCUGUGGCCGCAGCUUCGGGUACCGCUCAGGAGGCGUGUAUGGACCCAGCCCGCCCUGCAUCACCACCGUGUCUGUCAAUGAGAGCCUCCUCACGCCCCUCAACUUGGAGAUCGACCCCAAUGCUCAGUGCGUGAAGCAGGAGGAGAAGGAGCAGAUCAAGAGCCUCAACAGUAGGUUCGCUGCCUUCAUUGACAAGGUGCGCUUCCUGGAGCAGCAGAACAAGCUGCUGGAGACCAAGCUGCAGUUCUACCAGAACCGCGAGUGCUGCCAGAGCAACCUGGAGCCGCUGUUCGACGGCUACAUCCAGACGCUGCGGCGGGAGGCCGAGUGCGUGGAGGCCGACAGCGGGAGGCUGGCCUCGGAGCUCAACCACGUGCAGGAGGUGCUGGAGGGCUACAGGAAGAAGUACGAGGAGGAAGUUUCUCUGAGAGCAACAGCCGAGAAUGAGUUUGUGGCUCUGAAGAAGGAUGUGGACUGCGCCUACCUCCGCAAGUCAGACCUGGAGGCCAACUCAGAGGCCCUGAUCCAGGAGAUUGACUUCCUGCGGCGACUCUAUGAGGAGGAGAUCCGCGUUCUCCAAGCCAACAUCUCAGACACCUCGGUCAUCGUCAAGAUGGACAACAGCCGGGACCUGAACUUGGACUGCAUCGUCGCUGAGAUCAAGGAGCAGUACGAUGACAUCGUCAGACGCAGCCGGGCUGAGGCUGAGUCCUGGUACCGCAGCAAAUGUGAGGAGAUCAAGGCCACGGUGAUCCGGCAAGGGGAGACCCUGCGCCGCACCAAGGAGGAGAUCAACGAGCUGAACCGCAUGAUCCAGAGGCUGACGGCCGAGGUGGAGAACGCCAAGUGCCAGAUCUCCAAGCUGGAGGCAGCAGUGACCCAGGCUGAGCAGCAGGGUGAGGCCACCGUCAAUGAUGCCCGCUGCAAGCUGGCUGAGCUGGAAGGCGCCCUGCAGAAGGCCAAGCAGGACAUGGCCUGCCUGGUCAGGGAGUACCAGGAGGUGAUGAACUCCAAGCUGGGCCUGGACAUCGAGAUCGCCACCUACAGGCGCCUGCUGGAGGGCGAGGAGCAGAGGCUGUGCGAGGGCAUGGGAGCUGUGAAUGUCUGCGUCAGCAGCUCCCGCGGUGGCGUCGUCUGUGGCGAUCUAUGCGCCUCUGGUGCUGCCCCUGCUGUCACCACCAGCGUCUGCAGCGCCCCCUGCAGCGGUAACCUGGUGGUGGGCACCGCCAAUGCCUGCAGCCCCUGCGCCGGGGUAGGUGGCAGCAGAGUGAGCUGUAAGAAGUGCUAGGGUCACCGUCCGCCCAGCCAGGACUUUGCGCAACCGGAACGCCUUCCCCGCUGCCCUCUGCACCGCCCGCGGCCGGCAUCCUGAGAACCAGUCCCCAGACCUGCUCCCUCGGUGUGCCAUCCCCCAGGAACCUGGGCCCUGUGGAGGCCGGGGUGCAUCUUGGCCUCUUUCUGUAGCCUUUCCUAGUAGUCGUUUUGUUGUUCCGAGGAUUCAUCCUUUCUUCUACUUUCUGAUUUUUGCUGGAUUCAUUGGUCUUGUGUGAUCCCUUCACCUAAGCUUGGAGGAAGAGGACAGGCCCCAGAACCUCCCCAUGACCACAUCCUCGGAAUCUGCCAGUGUGCUCAUACCUGUGUAAUGGAGAUGGAGAACAGUGUUGGAGGUUUUCCUGUGACUCUGUGAGGGACGUGACCGGUGGGAAGGGAUGGACAUCACAUUCCAGGGAUGCCUGCAGAAGCUCUAAAAAGCCAAUGACUCCACUGCCUGCAUGUUUCUUUCCCUUCAUUUCACUCUUUGUUUCCAAUAAACUAAUUGU